AUGAACCGCUGGUUGAACAGGAAGAAGGAUGGCGGCGAGGAUGUGGCCGCUGCAAAGAAGACGAAGAAGGGCAAGAAGGGUCAGGAGGAGCCCAAACCAGAGUUCGACCUCAGUGCCGCAUUGCCCAAAGCAGAUGACUUCCGGACAAGUCUGAUCAUGCCCGGCCUGUCCACCCGCUUUAGCAUGUUGAAGGAGCAGGACGACCCAGACUCCAAGAUUGGCAAGGCCAGCGAUGAUAGUGUACUACAGCCGAAACGCCAAUCGCGCCUCCACGAGUUUGGCUUCGUACCUGGCGGCCUCUCCGAUAUUGCUGAAGUCUCCUCCCUCAAUGGCUCAAUUCGACCGCCCUUCGCAAACGAGCGAACCAACUCCUUCGACAGCAGCAGAGACGACGACGGCUCCGGUAGCAUGAUGACCAGAGCUAGACCUGGCGAGGGCAACGUCUUGUUCGGUGGAAGGCAAAAGAUCUACAUGAUCUCCAACAGUAAUGCAAAGGGCACUGGACGGACACUAUACGAUGACGACGUCAAUAUGUCAGCAUACCAACGGCUCCGACAAGAGGAAAAGGACAGGCUGAGGCAACAAGCGGAGAAUGACGAGGGCCAGCACUCUGAGCCAUGUAGCCCUACGGAGCUCAGUCGUAAGAGGGAGACUUCGUCAUCCACCAACUCAGGCACAGUGAACACGCCAUCCUCUCCUGCGUUCCCUCCAGCAGGCGCCCCUAUGACAUCUCCCGAUCUAAGUAAAUCGACGACGAAACGGAGGCUUUACGAUCAGGCGCUCGACCAGCAAAUCCAAGAGCAACAGUCCACAGCCAUGAACCGUCUUAACUCCAUACAACGCACACGUGCGCCAACCGGUCGAUCAACACCACCGGUUCCCAUAGCUCAAGCACGGUCUGCUACCAAUCUCAGCGACCGCUUCGCUCGAGGACCAGGAUUCCGCUCCGACAGCCCAAACGCGCUCCAGUACCCGGGCGUCAGCAGAAACAACUCAUCCGGUGCGUCUAGUCCUGUCCUCGCUCGUCCACAAUCGCCCGCGUUGGCGAGUCCCGUUAUUAGCGACAGUGAGGAGGCACAUGCUCUCAAUGCCGCACUCCAGCCCAAUGAUCGAGGCAAAGCCACCGCUAUGGGAACUUUCAACAAACCCAAGGCGGCUUUUAGUGAAGAGCAAUACGCAGAGCGCUUGCGCCAUAUGCAACAGGACCGCGAAGGCCGUAGUACACCAACUCACAAGGUUGAAAAGUCUCCGCCUCGCAAGCCCACUUUGAGAGAGCGUGCAGAACAGCAAAGGCGAAAGCGAGCUGAGAGUGAUGCAAAGGAGCGGUCGAGCCCUGAGUCAACUGCUGAACCUAGUCAAGUACCAUCUGCUUUCUCCAGAUUCCAAGCUGCCGCAAGCCAGAUGAGGACUACAGGGCCAGCAACACCGAGCUCACCACCAACUCACCGCCUUCCAGAACUCCCGCGUCAGCGCGCAGCAUCUCCAGACAACUGCAACAAGGCAACUUUCUUCAGUUCCCCCGAUUCCAGUGAUGGAGAGGAAGAAGCCCCCAAACCGACGGUUCCUCGUCCGAUGGAGUCGACUCGCCGAUUUGACAAUCUCCCCGUGGCAACUGGACCCGCACCCUCAAUAUUUGAGCAUCCUGCUCUCCGCUCUCGAAUGCCAUCGGAGGAAGAGGUUCCUCAGAGUGGCCCUGCGUCGUACAGCCCCGCCCUGACACAGGAAGCGUCUCCUCGCCCUGAGGAAACGGUUAAGGUGGAUGGUACUGAGGUUGACUCCCCAACAUUAGGUCCUGACAACGGCGGACUUAGUGGAAUGAUCAGACAGCACCUCCGCAACAUGAGCAAUGUUUCCUCGAACUAUGGCGAACCAGGUCCACCAAUGAUGAGCCCACCAAUGGGACUUGCCAUCCAUACACAAGAGUUUGGCCUUCAACGCCGCCAGCCAGGAUCCGAAUCAGUCACCCCUGCGCCCUCAACCUACAGCCAUUCUAAUCCGUGGGACUUGGAUGACAUCGACAACCCUUACCGCGAUGAGAAUGGCAGGAUGAUCUCCGAAGAUCCGGUCAAUGGACAGGGUGCCGCACCCCUUAUCAUGAGCGCUACUGAACCUAACCCCGCGGCCCCUUGGGACCUUACCCCGCGAAGAACCCACGAACGAAUCGCCAGCAACGAGACAGAGGCUGACCACGAGGCUUUCCAGCGGGAUCUCGCUCACAGGCAGCGUCUGAUUCAGGAAAACCUCCGUGCCAAAGCUGAAGGCCGGUCAACAAGUCCAGCACCUGGCGGACCUUCUGGCGGACUGAAGACUGCCUUGAACAUGCUCCGUGCAAAGUCGAGCCGUGAAUCGUUCGCCACAGUUGAAGUUUCGAACAAAUCAGUGAGGAAGCUUGCUCUUGGAGGAACUUCAGUGAACGUUAGCAGCACUUCGCUCGUGGGCCUUCAAGGUGACGUGCCUCCACUGCGACCAAAGCAGUCUCGAGUACUGCAGCAAAGCGAGCAGGACGCACAACGAGAAAUGGAACAUCGCCAGCGAUCAGCAACGGAAAGUAGCCGGACUGGUCGCCCAACAGGUAGAUCUCCACAACCAUCGACGAGAAGUUCAACGCGAGAGCGCUCAAGCUCGGGAACAUCAUCAGGCCGCUCCCGAAGCCGCCCUGACCAAUACCGAGAUGAUCUGGACCAGGCUAUGAACGAGGGAUCUCGUGGCGCGUAUCCUCUCAAUACAAUGCCAUCACUUCCUGGUUACGUCGCUCAUCCCACGCCUCCACUUCCUGCUGAAAGACCAUCACUGGAUUCUCAGGGUCGCAUGCGAUCACGUAGCAACAGUAAAACUGCAGCAGCAAACUACUUCGAAUCGAAGCAUCUCCAUCCCAUCCAAACCAACGCUGGAUCGGGCCAGAACUCUCGUCUCCCUCUUCCUCAAGGCAAGUUCUCUCCGGGAAUACCAAUUUCACCCCGACCGUCUCCAGGUGGCUACAACAACGCAAACGGCAACGCCUUCUCGCACCCAACGUCUCCAGUGCCUCCAUUCUCUGCCAACCAUACCCCUCCUGUCUCGAACCCCACCACACCCAACGUAACUGCCUUUAACCCAAGUACCGUGCAGCCGUUGACCAAAACUGGAGUUCUACGGAAGAAAUCAAUUGCGAAGUCGGAGAUUUCGGAGCCUGUGUUCCUUUCCACAACUUCUUCCAUCGACACGAUCAAUCUCCCAGCUGGUGCUUCUCUGAAGAAUGGUAUGGAGAACGACGCACCACCCGUUCCGCCCAUCAACCCUAUGAGAAGACGUUUCGGAUUUGGCCGCGGUGAAAGCCAAAGCCCAACAGGACCAUCACCUUACGAUCCGGCUGUACAGCCUGGCAUGGAGGCACCACGAGCUCCUUAUGCCGAGCCCCUCCGCACGAACUCGUCCGACGGACUGAUGAACCAGUCCCAGCAACCAAAAGGCAGGCUGCGCAAAGCGUCAAGCGAAGGCAGGAGUCUGCGUGGAAACGCACAAAGCCAAUUCGGGCCAUCUCCAGCUAUGCCCCAGAACGGGUUUGCUGUACGCAACAACUCGCCUCCACGUCCUGUUAAUGGCCCGGCUGUUACCCAACAGUCUAUGGAGGGGGGCAUGUUUUAG